AUGGAUACUUUUGUGAGUUUAUUUGAUCCUGAGACUCAGGAUGAAAAUGGAGGUUCAUGCCUAUCAUCUAUUCCUGAUUUCUUUCCACCAGAAGCUGCUGAGGGAAAUAUAGAGUAUAAACUAAAAUUAGUAAACCCAUCAAACAGCAGAUUUGAACAUUUAGUUACACAGAUGAAAUGGCGACUGAGAGAAGGAGGAGGCGAGGCAAUCUAUGCAAUUGGAGUAGCUGAUGGAGGCAUGCUCAUUGGUCUUGGUGACAAAGAAAUGAAAGAGUCUCUCCAUACCUUGUAUAGGAUGGCUGAAAAGUUGGGGGCAGAUAUUACUAGCCUAGGUGAAAGAUAUGUAGAUGGCAUUAAUGGAGAAAAGAAAACAGUUGCCGAGGUGCUUGUCAGGAAAGUACCUGAUGAUCAACCUUCCAUUGAGUUUCGAGUUGCUGUUCUUGGGAGCUCUGAUGUUGGAAAAAGUACUUUGCUGGGUGUUCUUACACAAGGAGAGAAGGAUAAUGGCCACGGCAGUGCACGUCUGAAUUUAUUUCGCCACUUGCAUGAAAUUCAAAGUGGUCGCACAAGUAGCAUUAGUCACGAAAUUCUUGGAUUUGAUUCUCAGGGUAGCGCAAUGACUUACAGCACAUGUCGUACUGCCGAGGAAAUCUGUGAUAGCUCAAAAAAACUGAUAACAUUUAUUGAUUUAGCUGGUCACCAGAAGUAUUUAAAAACGACUGUUUUUGGAUUAACAGGACAUUCUCCUCAUUUUGCUGUACUUGUGAUAAGUGCUGUAAGUGAGCUUUCUGGAAUUGCAAAGGAGCAUCUCAGGCUUGCAACUCUUGUUGACAUCCCUGUUGUGGUAGUAGUGAAUAAAAUUGAUCUUGCAAGUGAAACUUGCCUUCAGCGUACACUAUCCCAACUGGAAAAUCUUCUUGUAACACCUGGUUAUGGAAAGAUGUCUUUUCAAGUCCUCAAUGAAGAUGAUGCCUUAACUGCUGCUAGUUCCUUUGCUACUGAUAAAAUAACACCUAUUUUUUCAGUUUCUUGUGUGACAGGGAAAGGUUUAGAUCUACUGUAUACUUUUCUUAAUAUAUUACCUCCUGCAAUUAACCAAAAGGAAAGAGAUAAUCUUAUGCAAAAACCUGCCGAAUUUCAGAUUGAUGAAACUUUUCAUGUACCAGAUGUUGGAAUUGUUGUAUCAGGGCUGCUAACCAGUGGAGUGAUUCGUGAAAAUGACAGCUUACUGCUAGGUCCUACUGAUAAAGGGAGCUUUUUGCCUGUAAAAGUACUGUCUCUGCAUCGACACAAAGUACCCAGUAGAGUUGUGAGAGCAUGUGAAAGUGCAACUUUAGCCCUUUCUAGUCAUGACAGCGUAAAUCUCCGAAAAGGGAUGGUCCUUAUUAGUCGUGAAAUAAGGCCACCUGUAUGUUACUUUUUUCAAGCAAAGAUUCAAGUACUGUUACAUUCAAUAAAUAUAUGUGCCGGAUUUCAAGCAUCAAUACAUAUAGGGAAUGUAAGGCAAACUGCGACAGUGCUAGGCAUUAUGGGUAAAUCUAGCCUCUCUGUCAAUGAUAAAGCUUCUGUUAUAUUUAAAUUUAUUCAGCGACCUGAGUGUAUACAUCCAGGCUCUAAGUUAUUGUUGAGGGUAGGACAGACGAAAGCAAUUGGAAAAGUGACCCAAGUCUUUCUCCUUGGUGAUAAUUUGCCAUUGAAAACAUCACCAAUACACAACAUAUUAAAAGAGUGAUGCAUAGCAAUUAAAUGCUUCUGCAAUAGUUUUUGCAGGAACUCACAAAACUUUGGAAAGAAUACUGAAUUUUAAACCUUUUUAUAUUUAUUUCUUUCACUGGAAUGUUGAAUUUUAAUAUUGGGUGGAAAAUGUUUCAGUAAAAUGUUCAAUAUCAAAACUGCUUGGAUUUUGUUAUCCGAAUUAACUUUUGAAGGUACUUGAAAGUAAAAAGAGAAAACUACUUCAUAAAAAUUGGUGUUAAAAAUGUGGGAGGAAUGCACUGAGACGAUUUUAUGGUUCUAUUUAAAAUAUUCGUUUAUUAGCUUUUUGAAAUUUAAAAUACUAAUUAGUUUUAGAGUAAUAUAUUGUUUUAGAAAUAUUUAUCUCAUAUUUUUAUCAUUAAAAAAACUAACAUUGAUUUUAAGUUUCAAAUUUCAUAGUUUUAAAGUUUGAUUUAAAAUUAGUAAUAUUUUUAGAAUUCUUUUGUGCUUGUUUUGCACAUUCUGUUUUGUGAUAUUUUUGUUACAAUUAUUUUUGUACACUCUUUUACGUUUAUUUUUGUUUGGUGUCCUAUUUUUUUCUUAUUUUCUGUGCUUUUUAAAUAUUUAUUUCAGCAUUCCUUAUACUUUAUUUUCUUCCACACCAGCACAGUGUAUCAUAUAUUUAUUUUUAUCGAGAUAGGCAUAAUGAUGUACUUAAUGUAUGUUAAGUAUUGUUAGUGAAGACAUUUUUUUUAUCUGUCAUAAAGUAUCCAGUAUGUUGUAUUAGCAAGUAUAUGCUAUAGUAUUAUAUCAGAUUAUCUUCAUUUUCACUUAAAUUAAGUCAGUUGAUAGAUUUAUCGACUAAAAAAAGUUUUUUUUUCUAAUGAUCACUUUAUAAGUAUUUCAGUAGGUUAGUUUGUGAUGAUAAUCCUUCUGAAAUUCUUGAUGUGCUUAUUCAAAAGCUAAAUAAUUGUUUCUUUUGCUGGCCAUCUAAACUCUCCAGUGUAUGAAAAUAAAAACUUACAAAACUUCUAAAAUAUCUCAUUAGUGAAAUUACUAUUAUUAUUGGUAAAAAAAAACUUGAAUUGUGUAUACAAUUUUAUUCAAAGUCUUUUAAGAUAUGUCAAUGCCGAGUAUGGCAACUGUACACAAUGCCAGUUUUGAUGUUGUCUUUUACUAUUCAUUUUACACUCAAUUUAUCAUAUAUAUACAUAUAGUAUGUUUUUAACGAAUAAAUUGUUUAACAUUUUUUUGAGGGGUGAAACUAAAUGUUUUUCAUGCUCUAUGUUAGUAAAAGAUCUGUUUUAAAAGUGCAUACUUUUGUAAUACAAACAUCAAUGUACAAAAUUCCAGUACUGAAUGUUCUUCAUGUUAUUCCUCAGAGCAAAGAUAAAUAGAGUGAGCAUAAGCAUUACUUUUAGACUCUCAGCAUGAAGGCAUUUUUGGCCACAAACAUGUGACCAUUUGGUAAAUUGUACAAUCUUAUCAGCAAAUGGACUUUUUUUGACUCUUCAAUGCAAAGUCAAUAAGUGGAAAAAAUGAAUUUAUGCCAUUUUAAGUAAUAGACAUAAAUCUCUCAUUGGUAAGGCUCAUAUUUCAGUAAGAAAAUUAUUUUAAAAUAUUUUUAUGCUACACAACGCAUGUUGAAACAGAAGUCAUAUUUCUUGCAUGUUUAGUUAAAGGGGUACAGUAACCGAAGUGAUUGGGUACAAACCACCUGCAGUAAAUCAUAUUCUGAAUUAAUAGGUUACUUAAAAAUGAAUUUCAAGAGACUGCAGAAACUUUAACUCUGGAUAUAAAAAUGUGAUCAUUUACAGAAUAACUUAAAUAUGAUGUUUUUAAUUGCAUUGCAAUUAUUAUAAACUGCAUAUUUCUUCAAAAAGAGUUGCUCAUGUCAGAAAAUGUAUUGCAGAUUCAAUAAGGCUUAAUAUAAUAAACUAAUUGGUAAUGUGAUAUUAAUGAUGCAGUUAAUUUUUAUGUUCUGAUUUUUAAAUUUGAACCUAAAUACCUUGCAAAAAAUAAUUUAAUUGCAGGUUUGAUUGCAUUUGGAUUCAACACCAUUUUGAACAUUCAAAUUAUCUAUAGUAGUAUCCCAACCAUUUACUAAAUAAAAUAGAUAAAAGUUCAGGGAAACCGACUAUCGUUAAACAAGAUUUCGCUUAAGUCAAGUUUUAGGUGAUUGAGGUUCCAUUCUACUUGAACUUCAUCACAAGAUCAGUAAUAAUGUUACAAACAGUACCCACAUCCUAUCUUGAACACAGUCUGCUUUCACCCUGAAAGUUGGUUCCUACCUUCCUCGAUAAAAAGUGCUCUCUACACUAUUUUUGCUUUGAGUUUUAUAUUCCCAAUAAACUCAUCAAAAAUAUCAACCAUGUUUUGAAAAAUCAAUUGUAAAUGUAAGAAAAAGUAAUAAAUGCCAUGACAUUUGGUUAUUUUUCUGA